CGAAGAUGAGGAAUGGGAAGAAUUUCAUAAUCUUCGUCUUGUUUGCCUUGAAUGCCCUGUCGCCUGGGUGGUGUCUGUCCAGGGAUGGCAUGUCACUGUUAUCAUUCAAGACGAAUCUCAGUAAAAAUUCUCAGGCAGUACUCAAUUCAUGGAAAAGUUCUUCUAAAUCACCCUGCAAAACAUGGAUUGGAAUAACCUGCGACAAAUUUCAAAAUGUGGUGGCUGUGGAUUUACCUUCUCUGAAUUUGGCAGGUGAAAUACACUCCAAUAUCUCGGCUCUACUCUACCUCAGAAGGCUUGACCUCAGCCAUAACAGCUUGACUGGAAGUCUUCCAGUUUCCCUUGGCAAUCUGCAAAACCUACAACAGCUUAUAGUGGAAGAUAAUAUUUUGUUUGGUGUGAUUCCUCCCACGCUGGGGCAGUUAAGGAAUCUUAGUGUGCUGCGCAUGGGAUUGAACAAUCUUCAAGGACAAAUUCCGCCACAGUUGGGGAUGCUUUCGGAGCUUGUUUUCAUGAGCAUUUCUCUAAACAAUUUGUCCGGGAUGAUUCCUGCCGAGUUCGGAAAUUUAACCAAAUUGCAGUCACUAAUUCUGUCUUCUAACAGCUUGAGCGGCCCUAUAACUAGCCAGCUUGCCAACUGCCGAAAUCUUUCCGUCAUUGAUUUGAGCUCAAAUUUUCUGGUUUCCAUUCCCGCUGAAUUUGGCGGAUUGCAGUCUCUGAAGCGGCUCAUGCUUUAUUACAAUCUUUUCAAACAAAAUUUCCCCAUUUUUAUUACUAAUUGCAGGAGUCUGGAAAUACUGGAUCUGAGCGAAAAUUACCUUGAAGGGACCCUGCCGUCGGAGCUGUCACAGCUGACGAAUUUGAAGUCGCUAAAUUUGACGUUGAAUAAUUUGUCUGGCGAGAUACCUCCGGCAAUUGGGAGUCUUGCAGAGCUGCAAUUUCUUCGUCUCGGUGCAAAUAAUCUGAGUGGACCGAUUCCUGAUGAGUUAGGUCGCCUGAGCAGGGUUCGAAUCCUGGAGCUGUAUCAGAACUUUCUGGAGGAUGGAAUUCCGGCGAGUUUCGGAAGUCUGAAGUUGCUGCAGAAGUUGGAUCUUCACACCAAUCAGUUAGAAGGGAAUUUACCAGGUGAGCUGGGAAAGUGUCAAAGUUUAGUUUUCAUGGAUUUUUCAGGCAAUAAGCUGAGUGGCUCCAUACCUUCCACCUUCAGCUUGUUGAACAACAUUUCGCAGCUUGGAAUGUCUGGCAAUUCUCUAAGCGGAAACCUAGACGGGCAAUUAAUCAAGAACUGGCCAAAUUUGAUAUCCCUUCAACUCCAGGGUAACCAAUUGUCAGGGACAAUCCCUGUGGAGAUCGGGCUAUUAAAAAAUCUCCAAAUUCUGUAUCUUUACAGCAAUUCAUUCAACGGAUCGGUCCCGCCUGAGAUCGGUCAGUGUUCAAGCUUGUUGGAACUGGACAUUUCAGAUAACCUAUUGAGCGGUCCGAUUCCGUCGGAGCUGGGAAAUUUGACGUCUCUUGUCGUCUUUAAUCUAUUUGGGAACAGUUUUAGCGGCGAAAUUCCUGCGGAGCUUGGCAAAUUGAAAGCAGUGCAGAAAUUUGACCUUUCCAACAACGAUCUCACGGGCUCUAUACCUGACGACAUAUUUCUGCUAGCUAAUUUAAAUUUGUUAAAUCUUCAAAUGAACAAUCUUUCAGGCUCUGUUUCUGGCAACCUAGGGAAGCUCAGCAAUCUGACAGACGUGAUCCUUUCCAACAACAGCCUGACCGGAAAUCUUCCUCCUCAGAUCUGUCAGCAGGGAGUGCUGCAGCGUUUCAUAGUCAAUCAGAACAUGUUUUCAGGGCCUAUUCCGCCGAGUUUGAAGAACUGCGCAAGUUUGAUCAGGGUACGGCUCGACGAGAAUCAGCUGAAAGGGAACAUAACAGAUGCUCUGGGAGAGUACCCUAGUCUCUCAUUUUUUGAUGCAGAUUUCAAUCAGCUUUACGGUGAAAUUCCGCCGACCUUAGGUAACUGCAGCAACCUGACGUUGCUGCACAUUUCUGGAAAUUUUUUAACAGGAGGAAUUCCAAGAGAGCUUGGCCAGCUCAAACAGCUUCAUGAUCUUAAUGUUUCCGGAAAUCUUUUGAAGGGGACUAUUCCGCCGGAGAUCGGCAAUAUCACCACUCUGUACACGCUUGAUCUGAGUAAUAACAACCUUUCCGGUACAAUGCCCGCCCAGCUCGGAAAUUUGAUCGAGUUGCAAAAUUUAGUUUUGGCUGGGAACGAGCUGUCGGGUGAGAUUCCGCCGGCGAUCGGUAAUUGUGCUACAUUGAUCCAGCUACAGCUGCAAAGGAAUAAGCUGAAUGGGAGCAUUCCGUUCACAAUUGGAAAUUUAGGGGGUUUGCAAAUAAUAUUGGAUCUCAGUCAGAAUUCACUGGUAGGCCCGAUUCCUCCAGGGUUAGGUAAAUUAGGGUCCCUCAUUAUCAUGAAUCUGUCUCAUAAUAGUCUGACAGGUCAGAUUCCAUCAACAUUUGUCGAUUUGAGCAGUUUAUCAUACCUAGAUCUCUCUUACAACAAGCUGAAAGGUUCUGUUCCCGUUUUCAAAGCUUCCAAUAACUCACUCUUUACAUCUUACAUAGGAAAUCCAGACCUCUGCGGUGGAGCAGGUUUGAAGCCCUGUAUUUCUAGUAAUUCAGAACAAUCAGAUCCAAAAGACACUAACAAAAUUAUUGCCAUUAUUAUUCCGACUACUGUAGCUUUGCUAAUCACCGCGGUUGUGGUAGGGCUUGCUUUCCUACGGCUGAGAAGCCGAAAUCGCUCGUUGCAGGUAGCAGGGGAAGCAGAGGAUAUCUCCAUCUGGCAGAGCAGGAAUAUGCUGCCCGACAUUCUGGAAGCCACUGAAAACUUUGAUGAAAAAUAUUGCAUAGGCAAAGGCGGAUUUGCGUCCGUGUAUAAAGCAGUUCUUCCAUCGGGACAGACACUGGCUGUUAAAAAGCUUCACCCUGCUACACAUGACAUUGUUGCCGAUCGUCAAAGUUUCGUUUCAGAAAUCCAGACGCUGGCCGCGAUUCGACACCGGAACAUUGUGAAGCUCCAUGGCUAUUGUUCUCGCAGGAAUUUAAGGCUCCUCGCUUAUGGCUAUCUGGAGAACGGAAGCUUGGGAAGCAUUCUGCACAGCGACAAGGCAAAGAAUCUCAGCUGGUCCACUCGCUAUAAUAUCAUACAAGGCGUGGCGCAUGCAAUGGCCUAUCUUCACCACGAUUGCUAUCCGCCUAUUCUUCAUCGUGACAUUUCCUGCAAUAAUAUAUUGCUGGACUCUUCUUUCCAAGCCUGCGUCUCCGAUUUUGGCACAGCAAAGCUUCUCAAUAACGAAUCUUCUAACUGGAGCAAAAUUGCAGGUUCCUUUGGCUACAUGGCUCCAGAGCUGGCAUAUACAAUGAAUUUGACAGAGAAGUGCGAUGUAUACAGCUUUGGAGUAGUGGCGUUGGAAGUGAUAAGCGGAAAGCAUCCCGUCAGAGAAGGGCAGGAUGAGGCCUGGUUUAAUGCGGUUCGAAGUAAUAAUGGAGGCGAACUUUUGGUAAAAGAUAUUCUGGAUGAAAGACUGGAAGAUCCACAGGAAGCUAUGGUGGAAAAAAGUUUGCGGUUGUUAAAAUUAGCAUUUGAGUGUAUCAAUUUGUGUCCUACAGAAAGGCCAAACAUGAGAGAUGUUGCCAAGUUUAUGGAGGCCACACAAGAAACUGCUUACGAAACAAAAGGGCGGCCAUGUCCCCUUAACAAUUUAACCUUUUCGCAACUAUUUGCAGGCUCCUAAAAUGGCAGAACACGCGCUCUGUUCCCAGAAUUUUCCAGACCAGAGUUUCAGGUCCUCUUGAAGAAGCCAAUUGUGAAAGCUUAUUUUUUGAUUCGAUCAAGCUGGUAAGGUUGACAAUCUUUUUAACUUUACAUUACUGAAAUUUGAAGUAACUUGUAUGACUAUCAAUCUCCUCAGUGAUUUAAAAAAAAUAUAAUUUACAGUGUGUCAUCUUUUUAACUUCACGUUGCUGAAAUUUGAAGUAUAACUAUCAAUCUCCUCAUGAUUUAAAAAAAUAUAAUUUAGUGUGUAAUCUAUUCGUCCUUGGUAUGGGGGGAUGCUUCUAGAAUUACCAAGAUUAAGAUUUUUAUGAUUUG